AUUCCAGAUAUUAGAACGUCCGCUACAGUACGUUUUUAACUAUUAAAAAGAUCAGGAGCUAAGAAAAGUUUAACUGAGGCUUGACUUUAUUUUUGAAGGAAGAUUGGCAUCUGGGCUAAAAUGCUCGGGGAUAUUAGUCAUAGGGAUAGACGACGGGACGGAAAACUUAAGUUGUUUUAAGUAGAUUAACAAUAGACUAACUAACAACUUGCCAGCUCAUAACAACUACUUUUUACAUGGGUCUCCGUCUUGUAUAAACCUCACACUCAAAAUCAUGCGUAGUUCAAGACUAUAAAUAUCAGUAAAGGAAGUCUUCUGCAAGAAAAUGACACUACAUUGCCAGUGUCGGUGGACAGCACAUAUACAUAUAUACACACCUCCAUUGGCUCACCCUGCAGGACGUUUCAGUUCAUCAUUACCGGUUGCUUUUGAAGUCCUCGUUAGAUACUUCGAAUCCUACCGAGAUUCACUCAAAGGCGUUUGGGCUGCAGACUCGUCGCUCGCCGUACAUCCGAUAUGGCGGCUCCUACAGACCCCAGGGUGCCGUUAAUUCGGUCCGAUCUGGAGCUAAAAGCGUUUAUAAGGGAUAUAAGGAAAUUUCCGGAAUCUCACGAAGAACUCAUGGAUCUAAACUCAAAAGUUAAAGAGAAAAUCACUGAACUCAGACUACGGAUUCAGGAUCUGGAGCAAACGGGUAAGGAGCAAGACAAGGAGUCCGAAAGACUCGCCAUGCUCAGUGAGGCGGAAGGCUACCGGAAGCGGCUGCUGAGAGACCAGACGACGUGGAGAAAAGCCAACCUGGCGUGCAGGAUGGCCAUCGACAGGCGGCAGCAGGAGGAGCUGUUCCGCGGUUCCGACGUCCCGCUGCGGCUGAGGAAGAUGACCAAAGCGAGUGUAGCCCAGACUGCCGGUCACAUGACCGAGUGUCUAAUGAGUGUCACACGCAUGAUGUCACAGCAGGUUAAAAUGAGUGAGGAGACCAUUGGAACUCUGGCCACUUCUUCUAGAAUACUGACAGAAACCAAUGAAGAGUUUAAGUCAGUGACGGGGGCAUUGCACUUGGUGACCAACCUCCUCACCAGGUGCAGUCAGCAAGAUCUGAUUGACGGGCUGCAGAUCCUCCUCGCUCUGCUCCUUUUUCUGGCAACGGUUCUGUACAUUCUGAAGAAAAGACUGACUCCCCUUUCGUAAUCAAAUGCCCAAUUGCACCUGUCACGGAUAUUUUUCUUCUGAGAAAAUGACAAAUUAAAAAAUGUAAUAAUGUAGUACCUCUCUUUAAAAACAAUGCCAUAUAUUUAAAAACGAAGUAAUGUUAUGUCCCUGUGGUAAUAUUCUGGUUAAGACUUGAAUUAUUAAUAACCGGGUUAAUGAUUUAUUUACCUUGGUCAUUGAUCGAAUUAGUAAUGGAAGAAAUCCUUUGCAAUAGUGGUUAAUUUCCAUUUGAAGUAUAUUAAUGAACUUAUUGAAUAUUUGUUCAUUUGUGUAGCUUUGAUCCGUUUUUGGAUACCUGUUUGACAUUCAAAUAGGACUUAAUUCUCUGAAUUUCUCCCAUCUUGGGCAGGUCCUCUGUUUAACCAAUCGGCAUGCUGGAGUGUUGUGCUCAUUUUGCAUUUAUAAACACUGCUUCUGUUCUUGGGUGCCGGCAAAUGUUGUCGCAUAGCCAAAGAGAUGCAUUUUAAACACUAAAUCUGAGGCAGCCACAGCCUCCAUUCUGCCUCAGAUAUCCAGACAUGCCAGUGCCAUAUGCACAGAAUGUGUGAAAUCACUUUAUAAAUGAUGUCACCGUUCCAGUAAUAUUGGCUGAAAUCGAAUAUGUGCACAUUUUUAUAAAUAAUGAUAUAAAUAAUAUUUAUUCUCUCAAUGCUGAUUGCGCUGUAUUUUUCAAAUCAAAUAAAGUAUAUGCAGAAGCUGUAA